UCUGUUCGUCCGCUAUCCGCCAUGUUCGCCUCCUUGCCCUUGCUCAAGGACGCCAUCAGUGUACCAUUCAAGCGGUCACAACUUGGUCUUUUUCACGGAAAGACCAAGCAAUAUGGCAAUAACGUACCGCACUCCCUGCACAAAACGCGGCGGUCGUGGUUGCCGAACCUCCACAACAAACGGUUCUUCUCCGACGCGCUGCAACAGUUCGUGCGAGUGCAGGUGUCCACGUGUGCGUUGAAGACGAUCAAGAAGUACGGAGGGAUCGACAAGUACGUUCUCAACACGCGGCACGAGUUGCUAGGAUGGGAGGGCAUGCGGAUACGAGUGAUGGUGCGGGAAAAGCUGCAAGCUUCGAAGCAAGCCGAGAUACAACCCGCCGCAGCACAGGCGGCGUGAAGUGGAUGACGCUCGACACUUAAGAUUGUUGCUUCGCUUUGAGCGGUGCUGUAGGAAACCGCAGAGGCAACGGCCCACACUCGCAUUCAACAUGACGACGAGCGGAGCGAGACUGGCAUGGGCCGUCGGGCACGGGGUAGAAUACCUGCAUGUGCGGGACGAGCAUAUAUUGCGUCUGGUACAUAAUCGAAGGAAGUACUCAUAGCAUCGCUGACAUGCUUGUCAUUAUCCCAACCAUGUUGGGGUCGACGGGGCUUGCGGGUAUGUGUGGUGACGAACA